GGUUUUAGAAAAAACAGCCUUCGCGUUUAUCGCUGGCUAAUUCACGCGACGUGGUGCCGGUAAUAUUUAAUAGAAACAUAAGCCUCAUUAUCUCUUCGUGUUCGUUCGUAACCGAAUAUCGGACUGAACUGGACUUCGGGCCGUAACGGAGAUCGCGCUCGUGCGGAUCUGAGAACGCUGCGGAAAAUAAAAAUAAUACCGCAGGCAGGCUAGUCCACCUACUAGCUUGUCAUAGGCAACAAGGAGAAUUUAGCGGGCAACUCAGCGGCUAGAUAUGUCUUUUCGCCGACAGAACCAGCCUGGACCCGGUGGCCGCAAAACAUCCAAUGGAACUUCGGGGUCAAUGGCUUCGUCAGUUACAGGGAGUAACUCUAACAGACCCACUCCGGGAAGAAACAGAAACUCUGUGAAGAUUCCUUCACAGUCACCACCUGUGUUUGAGGGUGUGUACAAUAACUCAAGGAUGCUCCAUUUCCUCACAGCCGUGGUGGGCUCCAGAUGUGAUGUUAUGGUGAAGAACGGCAGUGUAUAUGAGGGGAUCUUUAAGACAUUAAGCUCACGUUGUGAGCUGGCAGUGGAUGCGGUGCACAAGGUGAAAAAUGAGGAAGGAGAUGGAGGCGGUGGUGGCGGCACACCUGUCCAUCCCAGGAGAGAAGAGAUCACAGACACCAUGAUCUUUGGCCCUAGUGACCUAGUCACUAUGAUCUGCAGAGAUGUGGAUCUCAACUACGCUAUCCGAGACACUUUCACAGACUCUGCAAUUGGCUCAACAAGAAUAAACGGUGACCACAGAGAGAAGGUCCUUCAAAGGUGGGAUGGAGGCGAUAGCAACGGAGAAAAUUUUGACCUAGACGCAGAUGCAUCUAAUGGCUGGGAUGCCAGCGAGAUGUUCCGCUUUAAUGAGGAGACCUAUGGGGUGAAGUCCACCUAUGACUCCAGUCUCGCCAUGUACACGGUUCCUCUAGAGCGGGGCAGUUCUGAGGGCUUCAGGCAGCGAGAAGCUCGAGCCGCCCGAUUGGCCAAUGAGAUUGAAGCUAGUUCACAGUAUCGUCACCGGGUAGCGCUGGAGAAUGAUGAUGGACGAACCGAGGAAGACAAAUUCAGCGCUGUGGUUCGGGACAGGGACCGUGAUGGCGGAGAAAGGGAAAGAGGAAGGGAUAGCCCUGGGUUCUCUAGUGCUGGGAGCAGGGAGAGCAAGUACAUUCCUCUACCCCAGAGGGCAAGGGAGCGAGAAAUGGGAGUUUCUGUAAGGGGCGAAAGAGGUGGAGCUGUAUCCACCCUGCCUAAUCGAACAAAUAGACCUGGCCCCCCAAGCUCCUCCCCUCGACCCCUCCCCUCUGGGAGUGGUCAGCCUAUUCCUCCCACUGAUAGGAGCAGCCCUCUGUCUGUCAGAGGAGGAUACUCUACACACCAGUCACAGAGCAGCUCACCUACACAGCCAGGUCACUCUAGCCCUCCUUCCCCACACACACUCCCACAUUCACUCUCACACCCACAGUCUCUCUCAGACUCGGCCCGGCCCGUCAAUGGAGUGUCAUCUAGAAUGUCACCCAAGUCUCAAAGGCCUGGACAGAACAACAGAAACCUGCGUACCUCAAAUUCUCACUCCUCCCCUACAGUCUCUCGUUCCCCCAAACCAGAUGCUCCUUCCCAGGACUCUCCUCUUGCUACUCCUACCUACGUGGAUACCUCUUCAGUUACCAUGGUCUCCCCUAAACCCACUGGCCCUACCCCUCUGUUCCCUGUAGAUGUGAACGAAAUUCUGUCUAAGGAAAGGACGGAGGGUCCAGUUAGUCCUCAGGAUGGCAAGAGCGGUAAAGUCUCUACAGUCCAGCAGAGAUCACAACACCUCGAGGAGCUUCGCAAGUUUGGUACUGAUUUUAGGCUUCCAUCUAGUUCCAGCCUUUCCAACCCCAAAACUUUGGCCACUGACUCUUCUCAAACAAACCCCGCCCACAACACACAAACAGACUCCACCCCUCCUACAGAAGCUAAAGCAGCCCCGCCCACAACUCUGACCGCUGAGCUUCCAGCAGAAGAGAGAAGUAGAGAGACAAAAGCAGAAGGGUUGGCAACCACCACCCCUCCACCAGCCACACCCAUCUCUGCACCCUCUGCCCUAUCCGGCACUGCCAUGCAAAAUCCAACUGCAGAAAGGCAAACGGCAGGGACGCCCCAACCCGGGACCCCAGGCAGUGAGGAGGGCAAACCAGAGGCCGCUGAGAGGUCAGAGGGAAUGACUGAUCAAGUGAAGAAAUCUACACUCAACCCCAACGCCAAAGAGUUCAACCCCACUAAGGCUCCUCUCAGCAUGGUGAAGCCCUCGGCCGCUCCCACCCCGCCACGGCCAACUCCGCCCAGCCCAACAGUGGUGUUGCAGCCCCCACCAAACCAGGGACCCAUUUACAACACCCAGUACCUGAGCUAUGUCUCGCCCAUCCAGAUACAGGGUCACUCCGUACAGGCAACUCAGAUGUACUCGUAUCCCAUGACAAAUGUUGGUCAAGGGAAGUACCCAAGAGCAAAAGGUUCUGUGGUGACUUCUCGUCCAGACCACAGCUCUUCAGCGCCCCCUAUGCUCCAGGCCGCGGCAUCAGCAGCAGGACCUCCUCUGGUGGCGUCUCCUUACCCUCCCUCAUAUCUGCAGUACAACCAGGUCAUAUCAGCAAUGCCCCACUACCCUGGACAGAUGUACUCAAUGCUCCAGGGCGGACCACGAAUGCUUGGAUCGGGAGGGCACCCACAGACACUGGGUCCCCCAGGCCCACAGUACCCUGGUCAGACUGAAGGACCGCCAGCCCCUCAGCAGGGGAUGUAUGCUCCGCAGUCAUUCUCCCAUCACUCUGGUUCCCUUCAUCAUCCUCAGCCCUCCAGCACCCCCACAGGCAGCCAGCCGCCCCAACACCCCGCCCCCAGUCCAGGACAGUCUGGUCAGUCUGGUCCUCAGCCUCAGUCUUUGUACCACUCUGGGCCGCUGUCAGCCCCCACACCCCCUAACAUGCCCCCAGGACACAGCUCCCCACAGGCCUCCUACUCCCUUCAGGGCUACAGUCUGCCGGGACACCAGCCCCUGCCUCACCCGUACUCCUCUCUAGGACAGCUAACACAGGCCCAUGUUCAAGGUGCUCUCUCGGGUCCUCACCAUUCUGGAGGUCACGGCCCACCACCUGUGAUGUUGCUGCAUGCCCCGCCCCCUCAGCAGGGUUCUGGCCCCCAGCACGGCCCUCCCCCACCCCAACAGGGGCCCCACCAGCACUACACCUACGUUGGACACCCUCAGGUGUCGGUGCAGGCUCAUCCUUCCCAGCAGAUUCCAUUCCACCCUCCUGGAAACUGACAGUGUGACUUUUGAGAUGGAGAAUGAGCAGAGUGAUCCUCCUGUGGGAUCGCACGUGUAUAUACCCUCCACCUGCUCCACGAAUGGAAAAAAAAAGAUUUUGUUUUUAUUCACCUUUGGCAAGACUGAAUGUGCUUGUUUUAUCCCCCCUUCCCUCCCCCUCCCUUUUGCUAUUUUUAAUUUGAGCGGAUGGGGACACAAGUGUCUAAAUCAGAAAGAGGGAACGAGUGAGCAAGACAAAAAAUGGAAAGAAUGAGGGACAUUUUUAUAAAAAAUACAGUGACCUCUCCCUUUGUCCUCAACCCCCUUAUUAAAUAAGCAAAUAAUAAAUGGUUAAAAAAAGAACAAAAAAAUACAAAAAAAAAGUUUAUAAAAAUAAAUUUUUAAACUCUC